CUCCAUGGAAACCCCUAGAUAUAUAAAAGAAAAUUUUAAAAGGAAAAAAGAAGUACUAGAGGUUAGAAAUAAAAUGGCUGGUGUUGCUGAAGGGGCGGUGAUGAAGAACAACAAAAAGGUGUUGUUAAAGAAGUAUGUGAGUGGGUUUCCACAAGAGAGUGAUCUGGAGGUUGUCACCAAUGAAACUAUCCUUCUUAAGGUCCCUCAGGAAUCUAACGCUGUCCUGGUUAAGAACCUCUACCUCUCUUGUGAUCCUUUUCUUAGAGUCCUUAUGUCCGACCUCGCUGAACCCAUCUAUAUUGAAGGUUUUCAUCUUGGCAAUGUUAUUAGAGGUUUUGGAGUGAGUAGAGUAUUGGAAUCUGGUCAUCCUGAUUUCAAAGAAGGGGAAUAUGUAUGGGGGAUAACUGGAUGGGAGGAGUAUAGUCUCAUCACUGACACUGAGAAAAUUUUCAAGAUCCCAUUCACUGAUGUUCCUCUUUCCUACUACACUGGACUUCUUGGGAUGGCUGGAUUGACAGCAUAUAUAGGAUUCAAUGAGAUGUGUUCUCCAAAAAAAGGAGAGUAUGUAUUUAUAUCAGCAGCAUCAGGAGCUGUUGGGCAGCUUGUGGGACAAUUGGGCAAACUUAAGGGUUGCUAUGUAGUUGGGACUGCUGGUUCUGAUGAGAAAGUAGAACUUUUGAAAACUAAGUUUGGUUUUGAUGAUGCCUUCAAUUAUAAAACAGAGAAAAGUUUGGGAGUAGCAGUCAACAGGUCAAGAGAGUUAUCAAGACUAAUUAUAAUUAUUAUUAUAAUAAUUAUUACUUCAUUCCGGUGUUUUCCUAAUGGGAUAGACAUAUACUUCGACAAUGUGGGAGGUGCAAUGCUAGACGCUGCUCUUUUGAACAUGAGGGCUAAUGGUAGAAUAUCAGCAUGUGGAAUGAUCUCACAGUACAAUUUGGAGGAGCCUGAAGGUGUGCAUUUCUUGGUGAAGAUGCUCACCAAAAGACUCACAAUGAAAGGAUUCAAUGUAAUUGAUCAUUUCAGUGUCUAUCCAAAGUUUUUGGAGGUGGUUAUCCCAUACAUUAAGAAUGGAGAAAUCACAUACUUAGAAGACAAGGCCGAUGGAAUUGAGAAUGCUCCUGCUGCUUUAGUUGGACUUUUUACCGGCAAAAAUGUGGGGAAACAAUUGGUUGUUUUGGCUGAUGAGUAGUGCUCUUAUUUUAUAAUAAUCAUCAAACUUGUUUCUUGUUUUUUUUAGUUAUUAUGAUUAAGAACAGAUAUUAUAUCAAUCAGAUUUGU